CAUGUAUCACCAGUGGGAGGUCACAGGUCACGCACUGCUUCAUGUAUCACCAGUGGGAGGUCACACACUGCUUCAUGUAUCACCAGUGGGAGGUCACGCACUGCUUCAUGUAUCACCAGUGGGAGGUCACGCACUGCUUCAUGUAUCACCAGUGGGAGGUCACGCACUGCUUCAUGUAUCACCAGUGGGGGGUCACACACUGCUUCAUGUAUCACCAGUGGGAGGUCACGCACUGCUUCAUGUAUCACCAGUGGGAGGUCACACACUGCUUCAUGUAUCACCAGUGGGAGGUCACACACUGCUUCAUGUAUCACCAGUGGGAGGUCACGCACUGCUUCAUGUAUCACCAGUGGGAGCUCACACACUGCUUCAUGUAUCACCAGUGGGGGGUCACACACUGCUUCAUGUAUCACCAGUGGGAGGUCACGCACUGCUUCAUGUAUCACCAGUGGGAGCUCACACACUGCUUCAUGUAUCACCAGUGGGAGGUCACGCACUGCUUCAUGUAUCACCAGUGGGAGGUCACGCACUGCUUCAUGUAUCACCAGUGGGAGGUCACACACUGCUUCAUGUAUCACCAGUGGGAGGUCACAGGUCACGCACUGCUUCAUGUAUCACCAGUGGGAGGUCACACACUGCUUCAUGUAUCACCAGUGGGAGGUCACACACUGCUUCAUGUAUCACCAGUGGGAGGUCACAGGUCACGCACUGCUUCAUGUAUCACCAGUGGGAGGUCACACACUGCUUCAUGUAUCACCAGUGGGAGGUCACACACUGCUUCAUGUAUCACCAGUGGGAGGUCACACACUGCUUCAUGUAUCACCAGUGGGAGGUCACACACUGCUUCAUGUAUCACCAGUGGGAGGUCACGCACUGCUUCAUGUAUCACCAGUGGGAGGUCACACACUGCUUCAUGUAUCACCAGUGGGAGGUCACACACUGCUUCAUGUAUCACCAGUGGGGGGUCACACACUGCUUCAUGUAUCACCAGUGGGAGGUCACGCACUGCUUCAUGUAUCACCAGUGGGAGGUCACGCACUGCUUCAUGUAUCACCAGUGGGAGGUCACACACUGCUUCAUGUAUCACCAGUGGGAGGUCACGCACUGCUUCAUGUAUCACCAGUGGGAGGUCACAGGUCACGCACUGCUUCAUGUAUCACCAGUGGGGGGUCACACACUGCUUCAUGUAUCACCAGUGGGAGGUCACACACUGCUUCAUGUAUCACCAGUGGGAGGUCACGCACUGCUUCAUGUAUCACCAGUGGGAGGUCACGCACUGCUUCAUGUAUCACCAGUGGGAGGUCACAGGUCACGCACUGCUUCAUGUAUCACCAGUGGGAGGUCACAGGUCACGCACUGCUUCAUGUAUCACCAGUGGGAGGUUUUAUUUGGACCUAUUAGCUCGUAAUUGAUCUUAAAACUGCCACAGAUUUAUUGUAAUUUGUACAAAUGAUAGUCAAAAAACAGGUAACGCAUAACAUUCAUGAUAACUUGGGAAAAGUAGGAUGUUUUAUAAUGUGUAAGAAAUAUACAGAACAGGGUUUUAUACUAAGAUAAUAAUUGCAGGUAUAAAGAAAAAUGAAUGGUCGUUUUCUGAAAUUAAAGCAAUAAAUCUAUGAGAAAAAAUAACACAUUUGCGCCAAAUUUUAAAUAAUUCCACCCAGUCUUUAAAUUAACGAUUAUAAAUCCAUGAGAAAUCUAUAAUUAGUGACGUGCGAUCUUUGACCUGUAAAAAACUCUGGACAACCCAUAUUAUCGCACGCAUGCAUGCACACGCACACACACACACACACACACACGCACACACACCACACACACACACACACACA